AUGAGAACUACAGGAGAAGUCCUGGAAAAGGAAGGGACAAUUCCUUCUCCGGAUGAACUUUGGAAAGGCUUAUCCAACGUGGUGCUUCUUAUAGCCUCUGCCACACAUGACCUGGACAUGAUGUGCCGGUGAGAUCUGUUAAAGGUAGAUCUUGAUGGCACUUACAAAGCGAUAUGUACCAGUAAACAGCCUGUGCCGCCCGAACUGUUUGGCGAUGACCUUACAGAAUGACUGAAGACAGUCAAAGAAAGCAACAAAGCCGCUAAACAACUCACUGGCCAUUAAGGGAAACACAAUGAAAAGUAUUCUAGGUCCUCCUAUUCAGCCAGGGGCUCUUUUUUAUUCCAUCGCCGUGGGAUCACCACCAAGGAUACCCCCGAAGGAGAAACACCUACUAGUUCAGUCACAAAGACAAUCGGAGCAUGAACAACCCCUUCAAGGGGAAGAAAUCUGUGACACAGAAGUGACCCCUGAAGCUGUAACUCAAUUUCCUGUUUUAUCUGUUAAGGGUGACAAGACUUGUCCUUGCAUUGUAGCUGGGAGAAUUCAACAUUUUCUUGGAAAAUGGAAACAAUUAACACAUGACCCCAACAUCUUGAAUGCUGUAACAGGAUACAAAACAGACUUUUUUCCUUACCCCAGGACAGUUUACCAUCCCAAGGACAAUUAAUUUUUCAGCUCAGGAAAGUGUAAAUGUCAAUGCACAAAUAUCCAAAUUCCUCGAAAAAAGGAUCCUAGUUAAAAGCUCACUCGAGAAAGCACAGUUCAUGUCAAAUAUAUUUCUGAGGCCUAAAAAAGAUGGGUCUUUCCGUACAAUCCUUAACUAAAAGGAUGUUAAUACCUUUGUUUUCAACAUUUAAAAUGGAUUCCAUCCAUACUUGUUCCAACUCAUGAGACCUUCUUGUUACAUGGCAUCCAUAACCUACGGGAUGCCUACUAUUCAGUGCCUAUUGCCAAAAAGCAGCAAAAAUAUCCUAAAUUCAUAUGGCAGGGAAACCUAUAUCAAUUUAGCUGCUUGGCUCAGGGGCUCUUUCCCCUCCCCCCAUCUCUUCACCAAACUUAUGUAGCUUACGUGUAGCCGCACCCUCCCCGCAAAAAAGGAAAAAUGGAGAGAGGGAGUGUCUACAAAACGCUCGCAUCAAUCAUAUUAUGUGAUGUCUCCUUUUGCAAGAAAAUAUUUAAGAGCUUUUCACUGGCUGCCAGUUUGAUCGUUUCUGUCAGAGGUGCUCAUUGGUUGAAAUGUAAAACAUGCAAGCACAUGGCCAACUCCUUCUGGGAUGACUGUUCGUCGAGAGAAAAAUUGACAAUACUUGUGCAAUUUGGCAACAUGUGGGCCUGAACAAAGUACAUUACUGGAUGAAGACUUAGUCAAUGAUUGUUUUUAAUUCAAAUCGCAUUUUAUAUUUCUUACAGGGGUCUUGCUAGGAAAGAAGUGUCCCAUUUCGUGAAUCGUUUGGAAACCUGGCAGAGUUAAGGUCACUCAUCCCAAGGGAGGCCAAAUUAGUUGUAGUAACUGCCAGUGCAACCAAGUCAACAAGGCACAAAUUUUCGGAAACCCUUUACCUUGCUCCACAGACUGUGGUUAUUGAAGAGCCCUGACAUUCAAAUCUGAAGUACAGUGCCGUUUACAUACAGAAGAGUAAUCCAUUUGAACAAAUAUUUGCAGAAGCCAUUAAAGGAAUAAAAGAACAUGGUAAAAUGGCAGAACGAGAAAUGUCAGACACACAAGCAGUCUGUGCAGUGAUCUUCAGAACAUUCACUUUCUUUUUAGGUGACAAGUUAUUUAGUGAAAUUAAACAGCCUCAAAACCGCAUGGUAGAAAUGUACCAUGCAGUGACUCCCUCUUCUGUUAAAAAGCACAUUGUUGAGAACCUCUCCGGUGAUGAUGGCCAUAUCCACUGCCUUAAUAAAACAAUUGCCUUCAGAAUGGGGAUAUAAAUUGCAAAAAAUUCAGGAAGGUUUACCAUAUGGGUCCUGUAAAGAACCUGGAAUGUUACAUGUAAGAAAGUGGCAGGGGCAGAAGAGAUGGCUUGCCUGCUGUUUGUACUCUGUUCUACAAUGGGAUACUUUCAAACAGUUGUGAGGAAGAUAAAAGAUAAAAAAGUACUGUAAAACUAAUCAGUGCAGAAGGGAAGUGUUGUUUGCCCCAUUCAACAAUAAACUAAAGCAAGUCACCCCUUAUAAACAUGAGUGCUGCGACAACUGUGCUGCAAAUUGUUUGUGCGAUUAG